CAUGAAUAUCAAAUUGCUUCUGAAUACUUGACAAAAUGAUCAUACAAAGCUUACUUUAUUUUUGGUAAAAGAUGCUACUCAAUUCAACAGGCAUGCCUGAUGGCUACAGUGUCUAUAGCCACCAAGUUGCAGGUCAUCGGUUUGAAACUGGAAAACAGGGCAUGCUCCUAGACAACAAUGGAAGAAUUCUCAAACCUAUCCAAACUCCACCAAGAGGAAAGAAGGAAGUUGAGUUUUAUCAAACAGUCUUUGGCUGUGAAUUCAAUGAGUCCAUUGCAAAGCUUAGACAAUUUGUGCCAACUUUUUAUGGCAUUGAACAUGUUGCCUUGCCUAAACUAUCCCAAGGAGAUGAUAACUAUAUUAUCCUCGAGAACCUCACAAGUACUCUCCGUCGGCCGUGCAUUCUUGACAUAAAGAUUGGCCAACGUGUCACUGAUCAUUUUGCAACCAAGGCAAAGCAAGAAAGAGCAGUUAAAAAGUAUCCUGAACAAGAAAAGUUUGGUUUUAGAAUUCUAGGAAUGAAAGUUUAUCAAAAAUCUACUCAAAACUUUAUAUCCUAUGAUAAGGAAUUUGGCAAGAGGUUAAAAACACAAGAUGAAAUAUUGACAGGUCUUGCCACAUUCUUUCAAAUGGGAGAUCAUGGCAAAGAACAUGUUGAGGAAUUCCUUCUUCAUUUGGAGGAAAUCUAUAAGUGGUGUCAGGAUCAACGAAUAUUUCGACUUUUCUCUAGUUCAAUUCUUUUAAUGUAUGAAGGUGACACUCUGCAGACAUGCACACACAAUGAAGUUGUUAAAGACCUUGAAAAUGAUUGCAAUGGACAAGAACAUUAUGAGCAUUUUGUUUGCUCUUCUACGCCGUCCAUUAAAUGUAAAUCUGAAAAAAUUAAUAGUUUCGAUCAACACGUAUGCACACGUAAUGAACCGCUGAGUUUGUUUGAGAGAAGUAAGAAACAUAGUGUGCACAAAGUUAUUGUAAAGAUGGUUGAUUUUGCUCACACCGAUAUAGGUAAUUUUGACGAACCAGACAUUAACUAUAUGUACGGUAUAAAUAACCUCAUAUACUACAUGCAGCAAUUAAUUAUUGGGAAUAGCUAGAUGUGUUUGUGUACUUGAAUUCAAGUUAAACAUCGAAGGCAUCAAAUAUAUAUCUGUUUUACAAAAUAA